AGAACUCUGGACAGCGCCUUGCAAGCAGCCUGAGCUCACAUUCAGAGUCUGCACUCCAGUGCCCGGCUCCCAGUGCUGGCUUCUAGACUCCCACCCAUUGCUGGCGGUUCCUGUGUGAACGUGCCAGGGGCUGGAGCAGCUCUUUCUCCUCUGGUCUGGCCACGGAAAUGCUUCUCCGGUUUUCGAAAUCCAGACCUUGUGGAUAACGUUUUGCUGGUGAAAAGAGAAAAGUUUGAGGAUCUGGACCGUGGUAGUGGGUGGAAAGGGCUAAGGAGGACUUUGGAAGAAAGAAGGUGGAUGAUUGUCUUCCUUCUCUGAGCUGGAAGGAAUGAUGACUCAAGGAGAAUGUGCACCAGCAGCCAGAUCAUUGGGAGCCUCUUGGUGCUCUCUGUGCUGGAGAUAGGGCUGGGGGUGUCCAGCGUGGCCGUGGGGGCAGUCAGCUUCAGCCUGGCCCUCCGAGAGCACACACCGCAGCUUGGAGACUCGUCCCCGGUAUGGAGCGGGGUGUGUUUUCUUCUUUGUGGCAUAUGUGGAAUACUGUGCGCCAAAAAAAAGUCAGGACUUGUUAUGAUACUCUUUUCAGCCUGCUGUAUCUGUGGACUCAUUGGAGGCAUCCUGAAUUUUCAGUUUCUUCGGGCAGUCACAAAGAAGACCUCAUCUCUGUACCCACUUCACCUUGCUUCCAUGUCUUUGGCGUGUAUUGGGAUUGGGGGCUGCACUCUGUCCUCCUGGCUCACUUGUCGUCUAGCCAGCUAUGAGCAAAGGAGAAUGUUCUCAGAACGGGAACAUUCCCUGCAUCACUCUCAUGAAAUGGCUGAGAAAAGAUUGAGGGCUAUUGAAAUAACCGACUUGCCCAGCUGCCCGGUGGUGCCCCCGACACCAGAGUUACCUACAAGGAAAUGACAGACAACAUGAGCAAUGGAGGACCACAACUGAUAUUUAAUGGAAGAGUACAAUCAAUGUUUUAAAGAGCUGAACAUUUUUCAGGUUGUUCAUGAAUCAGGAGAGUCUGAAGGCCUGGGAGCUGCAAUUAAAAGAUUUCUUGCAUUUUCUGUU